CCAUUUUGGCGCCGUUCUCGGUGUUGUUUCUCCGGCGGAGAAGAUACGGAUUUAUUUGGGGACUACAUUUCCGAGCGGUGGCGUCCGCCGCUCCCGUCCCGCCCUCCGUCGCCGGGUUGUAGCCACAGACACGCACGUGUGUGUGGGUGUGCGUGUGUGUGUGUGUGUGUGGGGGGGGUUCCUUGACGCACAAAAACACGGGCCGCCGGGGCGGCGAGGCCGAGCUCCGUGAGGAGAAUGUACAUCAAACAGGUAAUUAUCCAGGGUUUCCGCAGCUAUAGGGAUCAAACAAUUGUUGACCCUUUCAGCUCAAAACACAACGUCAUAGUUGGUCGAAAUGGAUCUGGAAAAAGUAACUUUUUCUAUGCGAUCCAGUUUGUGCUCAGUGAUGAGUUCAGCCACCUUCGUCCGGAACAGAGACUUGCUCUGUUGCAUGAAGGAACUGGACCUCGUGUUAUUUCAGCGUUUGUUGAAAUCAUAUUCGAUAAUUCAGACAACAGAUUACCAAUCGAUAAAGAAGAGGUUUCGCUCCGCCGUGUCAUUGGAGCUAAGAAGGAUCAGUACUUUUUAGACAAAAAAAUGGUGACGAAAAAUGAUGUCAUGAAUCUUUUGGAGAGUGCUGGAUUUUCAAGAAGCAAUCCUUACUACAUUGUCAAGCAAGGCAAGAUUAACCAAAUGGCAACAGCUCCUGACUCCCAGCGACUGAAACUUCUUCGCGAAGUUGCAGGCACCAGAGUGUAUGAUGAACGUAAAGAGGAGAGUAUCAGUCUAAUGAAGGAAACUGAGGGGAAGAGGGAGAAGAUCAACGAGCUGUUAAAGUACAUUGAGGAGCGUCUGCACACACUGGAAGAUGAGAAGGAGGAGCUGGCACAGUAUCAGAAAUGGGAUAAAAUGAGACGAGCAUUGGAAUACACUAUUUAUAAUCAGGAGCUGAAUGAGACUCGUGCUAAACUUGAUGAACUUUCGGCAAAACGUGAGACCAGUGGAGAGAAGUCAAGACAACUCCGUGAUGCACAGCAAGAAGCUAGGGAUAACAUGGAGGACAUUGAGAGGCAGGUGCGUGAGCUGAAAGCAAAAAUCUCAGCAAUGAAAGAAGAGAAGGAACAGUUAAGUUCUGAGCGACAGGAGCAGAUUAAACAGAGGACCAAGCUGGAACUAAAAGCAAAGGAUCUGCAAGAUGAAAUGGUUGGGAACAGUGAGCAAAGGAAACGUCUCUUGAAGGAAAGGCUAAAGCUGUUGGAGAAGAUCGAAGAAAAGCAAAAGGAACUCGCAGAAACCGAACCAAAAUUCAGUGCAGUUAAAGAAAAAGAAGAAAAUGGAAUAGCAAGGUUGGCACAGGCCACCCAGGAAAGGACAGACUUGUACGCAAAGCAGGGUCGAGGCAGUCAGUUUACAUCCAAAGAGGAGAGAGACAAAUGGAUCAAGAAAGAGUUAAAAUCUCUGGAUCAAGCAAUCAAUGAUAAAAAGCGACAGAUUGCCGCUAUUACCAAGGAUCUGGAGGAUACAGAGGCGAAUAAAGAGAGAAAUCUGGAGCAGUACAGUAAACUCGAUCAGGAUCUGGCCGAAGUGAAAACCAGGGUGGAGGAACUCGACAAGAAAUACUACGAAGUGAAAAACAGAAAGGAUGAAUUGCAGAGUGAAAGGAAUUACCUGUGGCGAGAGGAGAAUGCUGAACAGCAAGCACUGGCAGCAAAACGGGAAGAGCUGGAAAAGAAACAGCAGCUCCUUCGAGGUGCAACAGGAAAGGCGAUUUUGAAUGGGAUUGACAGCAUCAACAAAGUGUUGGAGCAUUUCAACCGAAAGGGAAUCAACCAACAUGUUAUGAAUGGUUACCACGGCAUAGUGAUGAAUAACUUUGAAUGUGACCCUGCCUUCUAUACUUGUGUGGAAGUCACAGCUGGAAACAGGCUGUUUUAUCACAUCGUAGACUCCGAUGAAGUCAGCACAAAGAUUCUGAUGGAAUUUAAUAAGCAGAACUUUCCUGGAGAAGUCACUUUCCUCCCGCUCAAUAAACUGGAUGUACGGGAUACAGCUUAUCCUGAAACCAAUGAUGCUAUUCCCAUGAUAAGCAAAUUACGGUACGUGCAGAGAUUCGAUAAAGCCUUCAAACAUGUGUUCGGGAAAACGUUGAUUUGUCGUAGUAUGGAGGUGUCCACCCAGCUGGCAAGAGCGUUUAAUAUGGAUUGUAUCACCCUGGAAGGUGAUCAAGUAAGUCACCGAGGUGCGUUGACCGGUGGCUAUUACGACACCCGGAAAUCAAGACUGGAGCUUCAGAAAGAUGCAAGAAAGGCAGAGGAAGAACUGACUGAACUGGAAGCAAAACUGAAUGAAAAUCUCCGUAGGAAUAUUGAAAAAAUCAAUAAUGAGAUUGACCAAUUGAUGAACCAAAUGCAGCAGAUCGAAACCCAGCAGAGGAAGUUCAAGGCUUCGCGAGACAGCAUUCUGUCAGAAAUGAAGAUGCUUAAAGAGAAGCGACAGCAGUCUGAGAAAACCUUCAUGCCAAAGCAACGAAGCUUGCAGAGUUUGGAGGCAAGCUUACACGCUAUGGAGUCAACUCGAGAGUCGCUGAAAGCCGAGCUUGGUACCGACCUGCUCUCCCAGCUCAGCCUGGACGAUCAGAAACGAGUUGACGCGCUCAAUGAUGAAAUCCGACAGCUCCAGCAGGAUAACCGACAGCUAUUAAACGAACGAAUUAAGCUGGAAGGAAUAAUGACCAGAUUGGAAACUUAUCUCAGUGAAAAUCUCCGAAAACGUUUGGAUCAAGUUGAGCAGGAAUUAAAUGACCUGAGGGAAACCGAAGGUAAUACAGUCCUGAAUGCCACCACCUCUGAACUUGAGAACAUCAAUAAACGUGUGAAGGACACCACUGCACGUUCAGAAGAGAUCGACACUUUGAUAGACAAAACUGAGAUAGAAAUCAAAGACCGUCAAAAAAGCAUGGACCGCUGGAAGAACAUGGAGAAAGACCACAUGGAUGCCAUUAACCACGACACCAAGGAGCUGGAGAAGAUGACAAACCGGCAGGGAAUGUUGCUUAAGAAAAAAGAGGAAUGCAUGAAGAAGAUCAGGGAAUUGGGCUCAUUGCCACAGGAGGCUUUUGAGAAAUACCAAACCCUGAGCCUCAAGCAGCUCUUCCGGAAACUGGAACAGUGCAACCAGGAGCUAAAGAAGUACAGUCACGUCAAUAAGAAGGCCUUGGACCAGUUUGUGAAUUUUUCCGAGCAGAAGGAGAAACUUAUGAAACGUCAGGAGGAACUUGAGCGUGGUCACAAAUCCAUCAUGGAGCUUAUGAACGUGUUGGAGCUGAGAAAGUACGAGGCCAUCCAGCUCACCUUCAAGCAGGUGUCCAAGAAUUUCAGUGAAGUGUUCCAAAAGCUGGUGCCCGGGGGUAAAGCCUCGUUGGUGAUGAAGAAAGGUGACGUGGAGGGCAGCCAGUCGCAGGACGAGGGCGAGGGGAGUGCAUCCCAGAGCAGCGUUCCUUCUGUGGACCAAUUCACGGGAGUCGGAAUCCGGGUUUCUUUCACGGGGAAACAGGGUGAGAUGAGGGAAAUGCAGCAGCUUUCUGGUGGUCAGAAAUCCCUGGUGGCGCUCGCGUUAAUUUUCGCCAUUCAGAAAUGUGACCCGGCUCCUUUUUAUCUCUUUGACGAAAUCGACCAGGCUCUGGAUGCACAGCACAGGAAGGCUGUAUCAGAUAUGAUUUCUGAGCUCUCUGCACAUGCCCAGUUUAUCACGACUACCUUCAGACCAGAACUGCUUGAAUCAGCAGACAAGUUUUACGGAGUGAAGUUCAGGAACAAGGUCAGUCACAUUGACGUGAUCACAGCUGAACAAGCAAAAGACUUUGUGGAGGAUGAUACCACACACGGAUAAAAACGAAAGCGCUUCCCUCCAGUUCAUUUAACAUAAGCUGUACACUUCUUAUCCACCGAUGUGAAUAUGUAAGACAGUGCACAUAUUCACAAAGCUAAAUUUUGAAGGUUGUGGAUGUGCAUUUUAUAUGGGCCACUUUACACCUGCCUCUUAAGGUUGAGCUGAGGAAAAUUUAGUUCAGCGUUCAUAGCAUAUAGUAAUCAACCUGAUAUAGAUCUAUUCCUCAAAGAUAUUGUUGUGCUUCUGUUAUAUAUCUUUGUUACGAUGCAUUUUAAAUUCAGCUUAACAUACCUUUUACACAUGAAGUUAAAAGUAUUUACUUUUUUUCUAAAGUUCCCAGUUGCUGUUUUUACGCUCUUUGUAAUUUCCCAGUGGAAUAAAUAGCCUUCUUCUUAUUCCAAUUGUAAUUUUAUCAUUUGUACCGCAUUGCAUUUCGUUGUUUUAAAAUUGUUACAAAUAAAGAUGUUACUGAGCAAAA